AUGUUUUUAAUAAUACCACUAAUAAUAUUUUCUCUGUUACUGAUCGGGCAAUCAUUAUUCAUACCCACCACCAUCACCACCACCACCACCACAACAACAACAACAACAAUAACGAUUGAGGCUGAUAAUUCGAAUUUAAUAACUUUACUGACAGGCCCACAAUUAAUUGAAAAUGAAAAUUAUAUUAAAAUAACCAAAUCGACAGAUUUGAAUCAAUUAUUUAGAAAAUAUCCACGAGGUGAGAUUGUCAAUGAUUUUAAUGAUGUUGAUGAUCUUAAUGCUAGGAUUUUCAUAUUUGAUAUGGCUAAUCUUCUAGAAGAUUUACUUGAAUAA